AUGGUGCUCACAGGGUUUGACCAGUGGUUUGAAAUCCUUGGAGGAGGAUACCAGUGGGGUUCUUAUCGCCAUCAGUCUGGCCACCUUGUCAACCUCCAAGAACAUCCCGCUGUGAAAAGACUACUCAGCAUCCUCUGCCAGCUGGUCAACUGCAAGUCAUUUGAGAUCUUCGCAUGCCGCACCGAGGUUGAGUUCAAUAACGACAAUUUCCGACCGACGGACUCAAUCACAACACUCCUGGACAUCAUCGCAAAGGCCAAGCUUCCCGUUACUGCGUUUACAGUUAAUUUCAUGGGCAAUGAAUUUGGCUACGCUCCAGAUCCCCAGAGACUACAAACUUCAGACAAAGGUCAAUUCGUUGCAAUAGGACAGCAUCUUGAAGAUCUGAUGCUGCGAUAUACGCUUGAGCAUGACAUUGUCCGUGACUGGACUAUAAAUAUGAUCCUUCAUGCCCCCAAGCUUCGCGUGCUGGAUAUUAGAAAUCAAGCUAUGAAAGGGGGCACAGAGCUCAUUCAUUGUCUCGCAUCAGCAAAUAUCUCAUGGUCACAGUUACGGGAGUUUAAAAUAGAGUCUAUUCCAGCAUCACUUGAAGAUCUAAUGAUUAUACUCAAGACAUGCCAGCAUAGUCUCCGGGUCCUCAGGAUUAAUAUGAUGCGAGUUGAUGCGGAUCUCAAAGAUGUAAAGCGAAUGCUUCAGACUCUCAGUACCAGCUUUCCAGCAUUAGAGUCGGUCUCAUUUGGUGGUUUGAUGCUUGGUGUUCAGACCCGAACGGAUUUCAUCCACUUCCCUAUGGUCUCCGAGAAUCCUUGUGUCGAUGAGUCGCAGGGCACAAAGUUCGAGUUCGCAUCCAAUACUGCACGUGGAUCCAGGAAUCAUUAUGUGGCUUACUCGGGCCCAAAGAUGGAUGUUGCUUUGGAUAUCCUCGCAAGAACAGUGGAUUGUGCUCCUGCUAGGAUACGAACCCUUGCAUAA